AUGCAGACGCGGCAACCGGAGCUCUUUGUCGCUCUCUCAAUCACGUGGUCAUUUGCGACGUUGACUCUAGUCCUCCGCCUGCUGUGCAGGCGGCUCACGAAGAAUCGGCUGUGGUGGGACGAUUAUUUCGCCAUCAUCGCAUAUCUACUCAAUGUGGGGGUCGCCGCUGCGAUGAUCAAAUGGACCCAAGAUGGAUUCGGUCUCCACAUGAAAGAUGUUCCCCGGCCUCACCCCGAGAUCCUCCGUAAAGCAAAGAUUGAUCUGUUCAUCUUGGAAAUGUUUUACAUACCCUCGCUCAGCUUCUCUAAGCUUGCUGUACUGGCAUUCUACUGGAGGAUCUUCAACAGCGUAAGGAGCGCUAAAAUAUCAAUUAUCAUCUUGGCGGUCACAGCGGUUUUAUGGCUUGCAGUGCGGCUCGUUCUGAACAUACUCCAUUGCAUACCAGUACAUGCCUAUUGGGAUACUUCAGUGGCUGGAGCUAGGUGCCCCUACCGGGACUUAUCGUUCUAUCAUGGCAAUGUGUCACUCCAGUACAUACAUUUGCUUUCCGAUAUUGGUCUUCUCAUCAUACCUGCUUUGCAGGUCCAAAAGCUCCGAUUGAACCGAGCCAAGAAGUUUGGUCUUACGGCUCUGUUCAUGUUCGGCAUUUUUGUCUGUGCGGCCACGAUCGCCGUGAUCGUGUAUUCGACCAAAUAUGAUCCGAGCGUCAGCGAUGAGUUCUCGUGGAACGUGGCCAGCAUCUUCAUUUGGACAAUCGCGGAGGUGAACCUGGCCAUUGCAUCAACUUGUCUCCCUCUCUUGCGCCCUCUUUUCAAGUCGAUCGGUAGGGACUCAUCACAAAAGUCGAGAGGGCCGCCUAGAUUACCGACGCUACCUGGCUACCAACGGAAGGAUUUGAACCGAAACCCAACGCACGAGAGGGCCUCAAUCGGGCGGUUGCGGAAAGCAAAGCUUUGCACACAUCUGAGAAGGGCGGGGGAAGGCCCAAAGCCUGAUGAGAUAGAAAUGAGGGCUCCUGGAUCGAAUGAGCAAGGCCAGCGGGGGAUUUUCGACGGCACCUGCGGGUCGGACGCAGUUGUCACCACACCGCAGCCGUCUACGAGCCGAGAAUACUCGACGUCAGCGGUCAUGGUAAAGAGCGAGUUGUCUGUCGAUGUAGCCAGAGCAGUUUAA